AUGGCUUUGAUCAAGAGCAAAUCCUUCUUCAAGUCCUUGCUGAUUCUUGUGGCACUUUUUGGAGCUGCCGUUGGAGGAACCGUUCACAAAGUCGGCGACUCAAAGGGAUGGACGAUGAUGGGUGCGGAUUACGAGGCUUGGGCUUCUUCAAGAACGUUUAAAGUCGGAGACUCUUUGGUCUUUGAAUACGACAACGAGUACCACGACGUCACUGAAGUCACUCCUAAUGAUUUCGAGCUCUGUGAACCGUCUAGUCCGCUAGCGACGUACCGAACCGGUUCUGACACGGUCAGUCUAACCAAACCGGGAAUCCGAAACUUUAUAUGUGGAACUCCUGGACACUGCAAGAUAGGUCAAAAGCUUCAAAUCCUCGUCUUACCAGCCUCGUUGGGUCCCGUUGCAGCUCCGGUUCCUAGAUCGGUCCAAUCAAGAAGCUCGUCCUCGUCUCCUUCACCGUCACCGUUUGCUGAUUCACCGGAUAACAAUGGUCCACAGUACCAGAUGGGACCAUCAUCACCAUCACAUUCACCAGCUCCCGUUCCUAGAUCGGUCCGAUCAAGAAGCUCGUCCUCGUCUCCUUCACCGUCUCCUUUGGCUGAUGCACCAGUUAACAAUGGUCCACAGUAUAAGAUGGGACCAUCACCAGCUCCACAAAGCGCAGCUUCAAACCCUAGUGUUUGGAUUGGAUUCUACUCAGUGCCGUGCGAAGGUUAA